CGGAUUACUUUGCGGUCAGCGUCCGCUUGGAAUUGUGUUUACAUCCAACGCUGGGGCGUGUGUGAGUGUAAGUGUGUGUUUGGGAAUUCCCCGGAGCACUUCGAGCGGUCGCGACGUUGGGAGGCGAAGGCGCACGGUAAAGGUUAUCAGUGUCCGGAACACGAUGGUUCGCCUCGCGGGGUGCUACGCAUUAGCGCUUGGGACGCUGUUGGUCCUGAUUGCACCGAGUACGGCGCAAAGCUGUGGCAUACGGAAGGCGGCCAACACGCUCGUGUGGAAAGGCCAGGAGGCAAAGGACGGAUUCUGGCCCUGGCAUGUGGCCUUGUGGCGCAGUACGGGUGGAACGAUCAGUUACUUCUGCGGCGGAACCAUACUCGAUAACAACGUAGUGCUAACGGCGGCUCACUGUUUGCAGACCCCGCUGGGACCGAUCAGCCGGGAACAGAUCACGGUGCAGGUCGGUCGCAACCGACUGAAGUUAGCGGACGACCGGACGAAGGAGCACGAAGUGGAUCAGGUGUUCAUCCACCAAGAUUAUACCUCUAACACGGUGACCGGCGAUAUCGCCCUGAUCAAGCUUGCCACUGACAUUACGUACACGAACUUCAUCCAGCCUAUCUGCCUGUGGAGCGAUGGCCUGCCGUCGAUCGUCGGACGGCGCGGGUUUGUCGUGGGAUUCGGCAUCGACGAGUCCAAUCGGCCACCCGGAUCGCUCCGCGAAGCUCAGCUGCCGGUGGUGGAUAACUUCCAGUGCGUGAAAAGCAACCCUGGCUUCUUCAGCCAAACGCUUACAGAGAAAAUGUUCUGCGGCGGCGACCGGAACGGUACGAGCGCGUGCAAUGGCGACAGCGGAGGUGGUCUGUUUUUCCAGUUCGGCGAAACAUGGUACAUCCGCGGCAUUGUAUCGUACACCCAGAGCCGGCAGAUCGACGGGGCCGAUUAUCUAGUUUGCGAUCCGCACGAGUACACCGUGUUCACGGACGUGUCGAAGUAUCUCGACUGGAUUGCACCGUAUCUGCGCAAGGCAGGCGGUGUUGCGACGCUUCCGCCACCGGUGGACAAUAGCCCGAAGCUAAACCUGCUGAGCUUGGAUACGUGCGGUAGCAACGCCUAUCCGUAUCAGGAAGAAUCUUCGAAACCGGUCUUCCUCGGGUAUCCCUGGGUCGGGCUGCUCGAGUACACCGAAACCGGUGCGCGCGAGAAGAAAACCCUCUGCCAUGCGACGCUCAUUAGCGACCGUUACCUAAUAACUGCCGCGCACUGCAUCGUGAAUCUGCCUCCUCGGUACAAGCUCUCAACGGUCCGUCUGGGCGAGUACGAUAAGACCACCAACAACGAUUGCGGCGUCAUCGACGGAAGUACGGUGUGCGCACCGCCAGUGCAAACGCUACGCAUCGAGUCCGUCAUCGCGCACAAAUCCUUCAAUACUCCAAAGUUUGCGAACGAUAUCGCGCUCGUCCGGUUGCGCGAUCGGGCCGACGUCAGCAAGCGCAACGUCAAGCCGAUCUGUCUCCCGUUCUCGAAGGAACUGCGCAGCUUCAAACCGUCCGUGUUCACGCUGACCGCUUGGGAGGCAGGCUCGUCGGCGGCCAAGAUCGAGCGAUCGGAGCGCGGCGUCGUCGAUACCGUGGAGUGCCAGCAGAAGUACACCGAGGAGUCGAUCGCGCUGGAAAAGUCCUUCCGCGAGAUUUGCGUCCUGCAGCAGGCGGCGACGGGUUCGCGCUGCAAGUUCCCGGCCUCCGCCGCACCACUGCAGGCGGUCCAGAAUGUAAGAGGAACCCAGCGCUACGUACUGCACGGUAUGCUGUCGUACGGCCCGAAAACAUGCAGCACUUCCUUCCCGGAUGUGUACGUCAACGUGGGCAGCUUCAUGGAGUGGAUUUUAACGGCCGGCACGGUUAGGGGAUUUUUGGCAGCACUGUUGGUGGUCACGGUAGUGUUUUUGGCGUCCGCGAACGCAGAAACAUUGUCGUGUGGUGAGCGAAAGGUGAAAACGGUCUACCUGGUGCAGCAUGGCACCGAAACGAAGGAAGGUCACUGGCCGUGGCAUACGGCCAUCUACCAUCGGGAAGGGAAGGAGUUCAAUUACGCCUGCGGCGGAUCGAUCCUCGAUAGGAACACGAUUCUCACCGCCGCGCACUGUCUUUACAACCAGCGGGGGGCACUGGUGAAGCUGGACGAACUGUCGGUGCAGCUCGGACGCAAUCAGCUAUCGGAAGCGAGCCCCAGCUCGCAGGAGCACGUCCCGUUGGAGCUGAUCGUGCACCCGGACCACAACCGGAACAGCGUGGCGAACGACAUAGCGCUGAUUAAGCUGGCCACCGAAAUCACCAUGACGAACUACAUCCAGCCGGUUUGUUUGUGGAACAUGGAACCGGAUCAAAAACUGAUCGCCGGCAAGAACGGCACCGUGGUGGGCUUCGGGCUGACCGAGCACGAUCGAGUGUCGGACUAUCUUCGGCAGGCGCAGAUCACCGUCGUCGACACGUGGACGUGCAUUGAAAGUGAUCGCGCGGUGUACGGGAACUCGCUCACCAGCAGCAUGUUCUGCGGCGGUGGCCGGAAGGGUGUGAGCGCCUGCAACGGGGACAGUGGGGGUGGAAUGUUUUUCGAGCUGGCCGAGACGUGGUACGUGCGCGGUAUCGUCUCGUUUAUGCCACUGCGUGAAAACGUCGGACUGUGCGAUGGUACGAAGUACACCGUGUUCACCGAUGUGGCCAAAUAUCGGGAGUGGAUCGAGAUGUACAUCACCCCGACGUCGGCCUCCGUCCCGACCGAUCCGUUGCUGGUGGACAACAGUCCCAAGCUGCGGCUACUCAAUUUCAAUAAGUGUGGCAUUAGCGUCAAUCUGACCGGAAGCUCGAACGAUAGUUUUCUGACAAAUCCGUGGGUUGGCUUGGUGGAAGUGAUCCCGAGGGGACAGAACCGAUCACAAGUGCUCUGCCACGUGACACUCAUCAGCGAAUGGUACGUCCUUGGACCGGCGCACUGCUUCAUUAACGAUGGACAGGUGCGAACUAUUCGAUUGGGCGAUUACGAUACAUCCACGGAUACGGACUGUGUUGAGCGGCAGGGUACAACGGUGUGUGCGCCACCACUCCAAAGGCUCCCGAUACAAACCAUCCACAUACGCCCGGACUACAACCGCAUCUCCAUCACGGACGACAUAGCGCUCGUUCAGCUGCAACAACCGGCCGACAUGACGCAACCGAACGUACGUCCCAUCUGCCUCCCGGUGACGCUGGCCCAACGCAGCUACAAGCCAGAAAACUUUACACUGGCCGGUUUCCCAACGGAGGACGGCACCGUCGUCGCGGAAAGUAAUCCAACGUACCUCAACUCGGUCAACUGCCAGCAGCGCUUCAACGAGAUUGGGUUUCCGUUGCGCAAAAGCUACACCCAAACCUGUGCCAAUGGGCUGCCGGCGAACCAUACCGGGCCGUGCAUACGCAUAAUGUCCGGCGCGCCGCUACAGACGGUGCAAACGUUUGGCCGGCGUGAACGACGCUUCCUGCAGGGUAUCCUAUCGUUUGGGUCGCGUGAGUGCGAUCCUACCGUGCCGGAUAUCUACACCAACGUUGCGUCGUACCUCGAGUGGAUCCUGUACAACAUGAAGGACAUCAAAGUCAAUGCACUGGAUACGCGGGAUCGGCUGGUGUUUACGAAUUAG